AUGGAGUCCAUGUCACGCCGCCCGUCGCAGCGCCAGAGCAAUGAACACAGCCCUCCAGAAGCAUCGUCUCAAGACGCCUCCUCCCUUCAAGAGUCCAGCGUACUAGUCGACCAUCCAUCUCCCGAAACACGGUCAACACCGCAAAUACCUGACGACAACGACCUGAAGAAAUGCUGGAUCUGCUUCUCAGAUGAGAGUGAGGAUGGUCCCGAGACGUCGGCCUGGAGAGACCCCUGCCCUUGUGCGCUGGUAGCACACGAAGCAUGCCUCCUCGACUGGAUUGCCGACAUGGAGUCUCCCACAACCCGCAAACGCACUCUCGGCCCACCUGCUAUCGUUUGCCCGCAGUGCAAGUCCAGCAUCCAGCUCGUACGACCUCGCGACCCAAUUGUCGAAGUUGUCAGAGCACUUGAAAGACUGGCUGCCAAAGCCGUAGCCCCAGCUGCCUUGACUGUGGCCUUCAGCGCUGUCGUUCAUGCCUGUGCAGUUCACGGUCUCUAUACCAUAACCUCCAUAUUCGGCCCGCAAGACUCAAGACGUAUCCUCCAACCCUUGAUCGACAACAUCUGGACGGCUGCCCGACCCAUGGAUCAACUACGCAACUUCAUGCAGCACUGGCGCCUCCGCAUUGGUCUUCCUCUCAUCACACCACUCCUCAUCCUCUCGCGCACCACUCUCGCCGACUCCAUCCUCCCCGUACUACCUAUCGUCUUCUUCGCCACCCAAGGCGACACCUCCGACACUCUCGACAUGAUUUCCUGGCCGCCGUCAGCAAGCAUGACUUUCGCAGUUCUUCCAUACAUUCGAUCAGCCUACAACACAUACCAUCAACGCGUCUGGGCUGAGCAUGAGAAGAAGUGGCUCAAAGAGAUCCAACCUAGAAGCGGUCAGCAGGACGCGGAUGCCAAUGCUCAACUCGCUCUUGAUGCAGAGAUGGAAGCUGCCGAGGAAGACAACAACUUCGAGAUCAGAAUCGAUGGCAACAUUUGGGAAGACUGGGCUGGUGCCGACGACGAUGAUGUUAUGCUGGAAAUACAAGAAGGCCAAGCUCAUCCUCUUAACGCUCCACCCUUGCCGGAUAAUGCUCCGCUGCCUCCUCCGAACCAAGGCCAAAAUAUACCACAACAACCACAACCGCCUCGACCCCAGCAAAACCCACCUCCGCCACCGCCACAAAACAGAGAAGAGCGCCUUCUCUCUUUCAGCACAAACUCGCUUGCGCAAACCAUCAUGUCUGCACUUCUCUUCCCUACGAUCGCAUCGGUAUCAGGCGAUCUACUCACCCACAUCCUACCACUUUCGUGGACAACGCUUCCAGCUUCGAAAUGGGGCAUGGGUAGAGGUAGAGCGACAGGUUUGCUACAAAACAAAUGGGGCAGAAGUGUAGUGGGAGGGUGUCUAUUUGUGGUCGUCAAAGAUGCUGUCAUGCUCUAUGUCAGAUGGAAGAUGGCGAGACAGCACCAGAGAAGACAUGUGGUUGAUUACGACAGGAAGAGUAAGAGGUAG